GCCAACUGAGCUGCCGUAGUGCGUCACAUAUUGACUAGGUUUGCUAGUUGAUGCUACCGAAAACCUAAACACAUUUAGAAAGUCAAAGUAAAAAACGAACACUUAUUGAGAGAAGCGUGCUGUUGUUGUCGGUACUGUUUACUUUUCUUUGACAUGCCUUAAUAUCUCAAUGCAUUGUUGGAUAAAACACAACUGUUAAUGUUUUAUUUAUUCUGACAAGCUAAUGUAGCUAGCCUGUUUGCUAGCUUGGAAGAGUUGACAUCUCACUGUUGGCUUCGGGUUAGCUAGCUAACACAGUCAACAUAGGAGCAAAAAUAAAGAGAGCUCCAGAUGCGGCUAAAGGACCCCUUCUCUUUAAAAGCCGCCGAAAUGACUAAGCGGACUAAUAAACCCAGGAAACCUCGAGAUGAGGAGUCAUCAGAUGAAGUCAGUGGGUUGACUUGUCAGCAUGUGAGUAAGGCAGUGGACCUGAGCUCAGUGAAGAAAUCAGUGCUCUCCAGCGUGUGGUUGGUGUGCUCUGAGUGCCUAAAGGAGAGGACCAUGAUCAAUGGAGAGCCGGCAGCAUCCCAUGACAUCCUGGUGUGCUUAAAGUGUGGCUUUCAGGGCUGUAACCGGUCAGGGAUCCAGCAUGCUGUCAAGCACCACCAAGCUUUCCAUCCAGAGUCUCACUGCAUCACCAUCAGCUUGAGCACCUGGAAGGCCUGGUGUUUUGAAUGUAAUGAGGAGCUUUCCACUCACUGCAACAAGAAGGCUUUGGCUCAGACCCUGGACUUUUUACAAAAGCACUCUGUCAAGGCAACAUCAGGAGCAUCACCCAAGAUCAUCAAGCUGCAAGAGGAACCAUCAGAUUACACUGACUCGCCUAAGGGCAAGAGCCCAGCCAUCAACAGCACCUUGGUCCCUGUCAAAGGCAUAAAUAACCUUGGUAACACCUGCUUCUUCAAUGCUGUUAUGCAGAACCUGUCUCAGACACACAUGCUCAUCGACCUCAUCCAGGAAGUGAAGGACAAAGGCUACAAACUGAGGAUCAGCCCCACUAUCGAUACCAGUGUGAGUCCAUUGACAGUAACGCUGCCCAGUCCAGAGCCCCUGACUGCGGCCAUGUUUCUCUUCCUCCAGAGCAUGAAAGAACCAGGGAAAGGACCGGUCAAUCCCAAGAUCCUCUUUAACCAGCUCUGCCAGAAGGCUCCACGCUUCAAGGGCUACCAACAGCAAGACAGCCAGGAGCUUCUGCACUACCUGCUGGACUCCAUACGAGUAGAGGAAACUAAAAGAGUGAAAGCGGGAAUUCUGAAGGCUUUCAACAAUCCCACAGAAAAGACAGCGGAUGAGGAGACCAAACGUCAAGUCAAAGCAUAUGGAAAGGAAGGUGUGAAGAUGAACUUCGUUGACCGCAUUUUUGUAGGCGAGCUGACCAACACAAUUAUGUGUGAAGAGUGUGAGCAUAUCUCCACAGUGAAGGAGGCUUUCAUAGACAUAUCUUUACCCAUCAUAGAGGAGAGGAUAUCAAAGCCAUCCAACCCUGGUAAGCUGGGUAAGGGCAACCGGGAGCAAGACACCCACGUGACUCACAAUGAGCAGGUUCUUUACGCAGCGCACUCGGUCAACAGAAACACUAAGAAGCUGAGCGGACAGAAGCAGCAGAGCAGGAGGUCUUCGAGCUCUGUGGAGGAGAAGGGAGCAGGCUGCAGCGCGGAGCGGCCAGAGGAGGAGGGGGUAGAUGGUGGAUCAGCCCGUGGUGUCUCUGUCUGCAAGAUGGCUGCUGCUGGCAGCCUAUCAGACGGCAGUGAGAGAGACUCAGGUGCUCAGGACAGCAGUAAUGACGCCGACAGUGAGGCCUCUGAAAGUGAGUGGGCCCCACGCACCUCCCCCUCCAGCCACAGCCACGGGCACAUGUCCACCCCAUCGUCCACCCUCACUCCAUCCCCUGCGCCCAUCUCUGCCUCCUCCCCCUCGGCAUCGUCCUCCAAGAGGCAAGGUGGCGCCGUAGAGCAGCUAGUUACUGCAGUGUCUAAAGUUAACCUUGGGUUUACUUCUGGGGACUGCCCUCCUUCGACACACUGUUCUCCAGAGGAGCAGGGAGAAACGCAGUCCCGAGAUAACCUCCACCAUCAACACCACCAGGGGGCCUUCCAGGCGCUGUCCCACAGUUACACACCCACUUCCAAGGAGUGCUCCAUCCAGUCCUGCCUCCACCAGUUCACCUCUGUAGAACUGCUGAUGGGCAACAACAAGCUACUGUGCGAGAGCUGCACUGAACGCAGACAUAAACAGCUGCUCAAGAGCAGCUCAGCCGACAAGAAGGUGGAGAAGAUUUACACCAGUGCUAGGAAGCAAAUGCUGAUAUCCUUGCUGCCUCCUGUCAUCACAUUGCAUCUGAAACGCUUCCAUCAGGCAGGGAUGAACUUACGAAAAGUGAACCGCCAUGUUGACUUUCCCCUGAUCUUGGAUCUGGCUCCAUUCUGCUCGGCAUCCUGCAAGAACCUGGCAGCUGGUGAGCGUGUCCUCUACAACCUGUAUGGGAUUGUCGAACAUAGUGGCUCAAUGCGGGGGGGCCACUACACUGCAUAUGUAAAAGUGCGUGCUCCCCAGAGGAAAAAAGAACAGCACCACAGGAACCUGUCAGGUGCCAGGGAUGCCGGCAGCAGCUUCCAGGGCCAGUGGGUGUACAUCAGUGAUACCACUGUUCAGAUGGUACCAGAGUCAAGGGUACUCAACUCUCAGGCAUACCUGCUCUUCUACGAGGAGCUGCUGUAAUGUGUCUAGCAGACAUAUUUUUUUCUCUAGAUCUCCGUUUUGCUUCCUAUUGUUUUUGAUACAUGCCUGUACUACUCCUCAUGCUCUAUCUGUUACUAAGUGGGGGGAAGAAAAGGGAAAGACUUCCCUGUACGCUCACUUUUCUUACUAGAGGAAUAACUAUCGUUUGCAUACAAAUUCUCAAAUAAAAUUGGCACCUCUGAAUAUCUUAGAUAUAAAAGAUGAACAUCAGAUGUUAAAGUUAUUAUUUUCUGAUAAUUCAUGUUUUAAAAAUCCUACCCUUUAAGAAGAGUUCGGGAGAAAAUAGUGUAACUGAACCUGAGCUGUUUUAAGUUUAAUGUCUGUCACGAUGACAUGCCUGAGGUAUCUGCAUGAAGGAGUUUUCUACAGUAACUACAGGAAGUAAGCAGAGUUAUUGCAUGCUAAACUGCGCUCAGCACUGACAAGUUGAUGUCAAGUGUGUAUGUAUGUACACAUACACACAUGUAUGAGUGAGUGAAUGAGUGAGUGACAGGAGAAUGUAGAUUUUAGGUGCUAUGUGUAUCAUUUUCACAUCGUAAAAGCAUUACCACAAUAAAAUGAGUUAGUAUUAUAGUCAGUGUAAUUAACGUAAACCCUCAUGAAGAUUGGCUCCUCUGUCUGCAUUCUACACAGAAUAUUUUUCAUUGUGUGGCACUGGCUCAGAUUUGUUCCGAUGUGUGCUUGAUUGUUUCUGGCAAUGGCAGAUUAUAGAUGGUAAGAAAUGCCAAGAGAAAAAUGAAUUCAGACAUGUUUGUUCUUUUCAGUAAAGAGAUUGAUGCAUGAGGACAAGUAGCAAUAUCAUUCGUGACAGAGUUUAUGGGAAAUAUGGGCGUUCAUUUGAGAAACUCAAGCACUAAUAAUACAGCAGUGCACCAAUGGUGUUAAAUAGUGGCUGGUAAUUGCCUCAGCCUUUGCCCUCUUUAUUUAUGUUACUGAUGAUAACCAAGCUAUCUCAGCUAAUUGUAGUUUACAUUGACAUAGUGGUUUAAAUUGUUACACAUAGCACCUUUAAAGAACAGCACAACAGUUAUGUUACAGCCUCCUUUGAACAUAUUUUUAUUUUAUUUUUUACAUCAGAAUGUAAAAAUGUAAGACUAUCAGUGAAUUACAUUUGCCAAAGACAAGUUUUGCAACUGCAAGUCAGAGCAGAAAAUCCCAACCAAACACACGAGGAGUUUACUUACAGUUUCUUUAACAUUUGUUCUUUCAAGGCCGUCAGUAUGGUUCUCGAGUGUUGUUGCACAAACAAACCUACUCGAUGUUUAUCAGACUAACAAAGCACCAUGUCUGCCUUUUGUUGUAUUUCAGCUCUACUGCAACUGUGUAGGCGCACUCACAAACCCAUUAAGAUGUUCAACAAAAAGUCAGCGCUGUGAAUAUCCCUUAUACGAUCAGUAAGGUUGACCAAAACAGUACUAUAACAAAGAAGCAAACUCGAGGCUUUAAGCCGGACUAGAAGAAAACCGUCUUUGCUGUAAUGUGCAUGGGUUAAUGUUCCAAUGAAUGUAUUGCCUAUUCUUGAAAUGUCUGUCAAAUGAGCUGUUCAUCUUUUUCUAUGAAAAUAUUUUAGAUGAAAACAUUGUUCUUGGUUGUUGGGCCAUUUGCCACAACAGUAGAAGGGAAAGGGUUGGACAAGUGCAUCAGAAUCUAGAGGUUGAUUAUUUUUAUUUUCAAACGAGGACAAAUUCAGUGCUUAUGCUUCAGGUUUAGGAAACCGGUGCAUGGUGAAAUGAAAAAAAAACAUAUGCAUAGUCAAAUGCAAAGAGGGAUAUUUGUGACAGACCGUAUUUAUGUACAGUAGAAGUUACUGUAAGGAAAAAUAAUGAGUAUAUGUAAUUGUACAUACUAGAAACAACACAAAAUCAUGGUGCUUAAGGCGUGCAGGGUUUAAUGUUCAAGACGGCUUUUUGUUUCCAGAAAAUCAUUUAAUUUCAUUUAUAAAAAAAAGAGAAAACAUUGAAAUGAGUAUACCUACAAACUGUAUCAAAAUAAAACUAAUUUAUGAACUGAA